UUGAAUAUAGAUGCACAAAAUGUGCUCUUGAAUCAUGCAUUAGAUGCACACACACGCGUCACGUCUGUGAGAAAUGUGACACGUGUGAGUUAUACUCAGUGCUUAACACAUUUCAAAUGCAAUACUCAACAUGCCAAUGUCAUGGUGUACAAAAGAAGAUUCUCCUUAUGUUCCAUGUAUAAUGUUUCCGAAGAAUUGGUAUAUAGACACGAACCUGGUUCAGUGCUGGCACACACCACUCUAAUUGAAAAUAAAGAUUGUCUGGCCCUUCUCGAAAAGGGCUGUAAGGAAGAUGGUCCAUAUACAGUACAUCCCGUCAGCGGGUUUAGCAUUCAAACAUGGUGUGAUAUGACAAACGGGGGAUGGACAGUAAUACAACGUCGAAUGGAUGGCUCAGAAAACUUCUACAGGACAUGGACAGACUAUGUUCAUGGAUUUGGUAACAUAACAGGCGAGUACUGGCUCGGACUUGAGGCAAUAUUUUGGCUGACUGUUGUUGAAAGUUCUUUAAAGAUUGAAAUGGAAGCAUUUGGGGACGUUUCACCUUUACAUGCUUAUGCAAUUUAUAACGAGUUUAGGAUUGAUAACGAAACUUUGAAUUUUAGAUUGCAUAUAGAUGACUUCACAGGUGAUUGUGGCGAUAGUCUUUCUCGUCAUAAUGGAAACAUGUUCUCGACAAAAGAUAGGGAUAACGACGGUGCGGGUUUUAAUUGUGCUAACAGAUUUAAUGGUGCAUGGUGGUACAAAUCGUGUCAUUUGAGCAAUUUAAACGGACUUUACCUACCUGGUAAUCACUCAACGUACGCAAAUGGUAUCAACUGGUAUACAUGUUGGGGUUAUUAUUAUUCCAUUCGUAAUGUUGUGAUGAAGUUGAAAAGACACAAGAAAAAUGCUAUAGAAAAUUGAAUGGAUUAUGUGGGUCGGACUCGUAGAUGUUUACUUUUAUUCCGUGAUAUUUUUAUGCUGUAAUGGGUCGUGUAAGCUGUUUAACCAUUAUAACCGUGGUUAAGCGGUUAGAGCGUUUAGGUUAUAUAAUAAUGUCCCAAGUUUAAAUCUGCAACUGCCCAUAUUUUAGUGUUUUUUUACUUUUCGAAUAUUUAGUAUAGUUUGUUACGUGUAUGUUCUUUAUUAUGUCUUUAAUAAAU